AUCAAUCUUUAUUCAAAGUUCUCAGUAUAUCUUAUUGCAUGCUAUGGAUGUAAAAGAUCUAAUAUAUAUUAAAAUAAUCUGUUCUUAUUCUCUUGUAGUUUUGUACCGAUACCAGUACAGAAUUGGAAGGAUAAAUAAAUAUUUGUGCAAAUCGGUUUCCUUCUGGUUUGUUUAUUAUUGUUUAUGAAACAAUUGAAUUAGAAUUAGGUUUAAAAUAUGUUUCCAUACGGUUAACUGACUGACAAUUUAUGUAACGGUCGUAUAGAAGGAAUUCAAAACGCGCGUUGAAAGAGAGCCAUAUAGAUAGUGUUUAUUAUAAUAAGCGGAACUAUUUUUUCUACAUGAUAUUACAGUUGAGGGCAUGGGAAGGCGAAUACAGAGACAGCGGCUUAUUCUAUUCACGCUAUGUAUUUUUGUGUUCAUGACGCAGAAUUAUUUCAUCUACAAAAUAAAGAGAAGGUUCAGAGUAAGGGCUAUACCAAGAAACUUAAUGACAUAUAACCAGGAAAGCCCGAGUGCUGUUUUAAACACUUUAAAUGCAACUUAUCAGGUUAUUUCGAAUGCAGUUGCAGGUACAUUAAAAGCAACGUACCAUGUAAACUCUGGUGUUAUUUUAGAUACUUUUAAUGCAUCCUACAGGAUAAAUUCGAGUGAAUUUUCAGUUAAAACAAACUCACAGGAAAAUUCGAGUGUUAUUUCCAACAAGUUAAUAAAACCUCUACGGGUAAACUGGGGUGUUAUUUCAAACAAUGUUGACGCACUUUACCGUGUGAAUUCAAGUGUUGUUUUAGACAUCAAUUCCACUUACCGAGUGAAUUCGAGUGCUACAUCAACCAAUUUAAAGGCACCUUAUCGGGUAAAAAUUAAGCCUGGUUUAUCAAAACUUAUUAAUUCGUCAGUACCAAAAUAUCCCUAUAUUAGACAAAAUAUAUACGAAAAUGGAAUGUUUUGUUCUUCCGUUACAAAUCUUACAUUGUUAAUUCUUGUGUUAUCAGCAACGACAAACUUUAAGAAAAGGCAAACAUUGAGACAAACCUGGGCAAACGAAUCUCUAUAUACAUCGUACGGAACAUUAAAGGUUUUAUUUCUUCUUGGAAUCACCGAAAAUGCCACAGUUCAGAAAAACAUUGAUAAAGAAUUUAAAAUCUAUGGUGAUAUGGUCCAAGGGUCUUUCAUAGAUUCUUAUCAUAAUUUGACGCACAAGUCAACAAUGGGGUUUAAAUGGGCAACUGAACGAUGCAGAAAUGCAAAAUAUGUUUUGAAAACAGAUGACGAUAUAGUGAUAGAUAUAUUUAAGCUGUUUAAAAACACUAUUCUGAAUGAGUCUGAAAAUAAAUUUGACAUUUAUUGCAUUCGACAAUCGACUCAAAUAUUUAGACGUACUAAUAAUAAAUGGUUUGUUGAAAAUUACCAGUUUAAAGGAUUGUAUAAAUAUCCAACAUAUUGCGGAGGCUCUUUUGUGAUGAUUUUGAAUGAGGUAGUUCCAUUUAUACACGCAUCUAUAUCAAGAACUCCAUUCUUUUGGAUAGAAGAUGUUUUAUUAUAUGGUAUAGUGUUAAAUAAUAUACCUGAACUUACAUAUAAAACAAUAAAACCUAAAGACGUUGAGUUAUAUAAUUUUAGGGCAGCAUUAAACUGCUUAUCUAAACGGAAGACACAAUGUCCAUUGUUUAUAUUCAUGACGAGCACUGAUUAUCAGAUUAUGAAACUUUGGGCAACUAUUUUACAAAUACAUAAUAAAUGACACUUUCUUUAUUUCGUUACGCACUUUAAAUUUAAGAUACAUACAUAUGCAAAUAGAUUAUGACUUUGCAUUUAUAGUAGUCAACUGACUGGUGUAAUAUUCACUGCAUGAACAAGAAAUUAAAACUUCUUAUUGGCAUUUCUGAAAUUUAUUCCUGUUACAAAGCUAAAUUUAGAAAACAGACAUUGUGACUUUAUUUAUCGGCUCUUCUUAGUUAGUGCAACCGCUUGUUUCAUGCCAAUAUCUCAGACUUUACUAAACUACAUUUCAACGGUUUCAAUAGAAUUCUUUUAUACAGAUACAUUGAAUGGACACGACGAAACGUUACGAAAGCUACAUUGCACAACAGUUCUGACAAAUUAUCUUAUCGGCAAGAAGAACCUACGUCACCUCAUGUUUCUACUCACCUUACUAGCAUACCAUAUUUUAUAAUGUUUUAGACUCAAACGAUCACUUCAUGUAAACACAGUAUACAUACACAUGUGGUUAAUAUAUAUUGUAAAGUAAAAUACGUCUGAUCAGGAUUUUCUACAUUUAAAGUAAAUAUCUAAAGAUAAAACGUUUUAUGUUUGACGUUUUGUUUCUAGGAAUCAUUGACAAUAAACAAAACAUAUUGGGUGCUCAGCUCUUUUACAGUUAAGAUACUACGUUUUUGAUUGUAUCUGACAAAACUGAGAGAGGACUCUGUAUUUUAAAAGCAAUGCUUACAUCAACUGUAUCUUAGCUAUUUUGAUAUUUGCCUUCUGACUUGUUUAUUUGGACCCUUAAUGGUGUCACUAGUAUUGUUCUGCCCUCUACAAAGACUUUGAGUUUAUGCGAACAUGUAAAUGGUUCGCUACAUUUUCCUUAGAAAUUAUCGUACCCUUACCAAAAUAUCAGGCUUCCGGCGAACGUUGCGGCAAAUUUGCCGCAAAUGUUUUGGAGAAUUUGCCGCAAACUUUCUUUUGGCAAACUUUUACCAUGAAAAUUAGUUUGCGGUAGAUUUGCCGCAAACAAUUUAUGCAAAUGAAUAUGCAAAUGAAGUUUGCAGCAAAUUUGCGGCAAACCUAAUUUGCAUGGUAAAAGUUUGCCGCAAAUUCGCCAAAACCUUUCUGGCGAACUUCUGGCAAUGUUCUGGCGAGCUUUUAGCAAACUAUUUAUGCAAAUUAGUUUGCGGCGACUUUGCAGCAAACAAUUAUGCAAAUUUGUUUGCCGCAAAUUUGCUGCAAACUUUUGGCGCUAAAGUAACAGACCUUUUGUUUUUGAAGAUUAAAGGAUAUAUUUUCAAGAAAAGUAAAAAAGGUCUAUUAAGUUAGCAAAAUAUCAUCUGCUAAUAAUGAUUUAUCUUUUCUAAAUGAUUAUAAAGAAAAAAUACAAAUGCACGAGAUCAGUAUGAUAAAGUAUGUUGUUAGUAAAUAUAUUUUAUGCUUACAUGGGUUUGAAACUCUUUAAAUAUUUAAAGAACCGUUGUGAAAGCUGAUAACUGAUUUGCAAACAAUUCGUCUGUGUGCAACUGUCUUAAUAAAUUUGCAGAUUUACUGAAUUAUUUAUUGCAAUCUAUUGUAUCUUAUGGUCUUUAGGGGACGCAUGCCUGAAAUAAACAAAGGCUAACCGUAUAAAAAUCAUUCUGUUUUUGCAUGCGUAAUAAUGUGAAAACUAAUCUUACAUCGCAACAUUUAUCCACGGAAUUAAACACAGUAUACUUCGGUGAUUUAUCCAUCUUUUGUGGAAGUUUUUGUUUAGUAAAGAAACAUAAAUAAUUCAUGUUAAUACAUCGAUGUUCAGCUGCUGUUUGGCAGUUUGAAAAUGGAGCCAAACUCAAUGCAGCCAAUAAAAACAAAGAAGAAGUCAUGUGGUACUGUUCUGGCAGUACUCUGGCGAACUUUCACAUCUGGUCAGAUAAUUAAAAGAUCAUAUGGAGAAUGUUUUGGAGAAGAAAAUAUAGAUAAAAGAUUCUGGUGACGUUUUGGUGAACAAAAUCAUGUGAUAAAGUUUCUGGCGAUGUUAUGGCAAACUCUUAAUUCAGUAAAGUCUGUGGUGAGUUUGCAGCAAAGUCACCGAAACGUUUGCCGAAAGAUCGCCGCUACCGGCGAACUCCUGCAAACAUUUAUUACUCUGUUCUGGUGAACUAAAAUGUUUGCGGCAAAUUUACCGCAACUUUGCGGCAAAUUUGCCGCAAACUUUUCAUUUUGGUAAGGGUACCUUUUCAGUACUAUUGCGCACAUAAACGGUUCACUCGACAUGUACUGUUAACACUGUAAUGUGACUUUGAAACAUAAUUGGAUAAAGAGUGAAGGUUCAUUCGCAAUUAAAUAGUUUACACUUCUUUCGCAAAUGUCGCUGUUACAUCUUUUCUUUAUGUAUCUUUUUGUAUAUUUCUAUCAUAAGAACGCUUGCGGUUUGAAGGGAGUACAUUCUCGGAACGUGACUGUUACCUAUGAAUAUUUAUCUUGAUAAGGUCACUUUUAAACAUUCAUUAUGAAUCUAGAAUAAUGUCUUCAAAAUAUCUUUUCAAAUUUCCUGUACAUGGAAAUUGAUAUAAGUGUAAUCAUUUGUUUUUUCUUUCCAAGAAAAGUUCAAGAGGAUAGAUAUCGAAUACGCAUUUGAAGAAAUGACAUGUUUUGUAGACAUGCUUAUCGAUAAAAUACGCGCUUAAAAUCGUAAAUGUGACAGAUCAACAAUUUCUUUUUGUUUGUUUAUUUGUUUCAAAGGGAAGAAAUAUCGAAUAUGCAUUUGAAAAAAUGAUUUUUUUUUAAAUAUGCUUUGUUAGCAACACACUUAAAAGAGUAUUGGCGUAGUCAAGUGGAAAAGUUUCAAGGUUUCUCAGCAUUUGUUGACCAAAAAUAUGUGACCAUUUGUUGUUUAUCCCGCAAAACAAUUUCAAGGACAUCCCACAGAUUGAUGAACUUCCAGCUAUCAUAUUAAAUGUAUCAUAUUCAAGCCAUGGUUAUAAGUAUCGUAAAAUGUCUCAUCGCUGGUCAUUGAAAUACAGCACUCUUUGGUCAAUUGCAACACAGUUUAUGGAUAUACGCAAAUAUGUUGCCAUGCAGAUGCUGGUGGAUACAUGAUUGCUAAAUUGCAAUGCUACUUCGAUAACGUGCUCUGUUUGAAAAGGUAUAACAUGUAUUCACUAUAUUCUUAAUCGUACAGAGCGGCAUUGAUAGAGGUCAGCUCACGGGCAAAGGUAACUCUAGUAACUAUUAAUUAUACCUUACUCAAAGAGGAGUUGAACCCCUUAUCUGAGGCAGGAUUGUCUGGUUCGCGGCAUGAAACAUUCGUACAGAAUGAGCAGGAAAAAACUUUUACUUAUUGUCUGUUAAAUCUGUGAUCAUUUACUUUAUAGUGAGUGAGUGAGUGAGUGAGUGA